UCAUCCACUGCUAGCGCUUUGUCUGCUCCGCUCCGGUGUUUUUUUCUAAAAGAAAUAGAAUAGUUUUCUUCUGAAUUUUUAAUUUCCAAAUAGUAUAUAUUAUUUAAAAAGAUGGCAUUAGCUGAAAUUUGUGGUUUAGCAGAUGCUCCUUACAUGAAAAUGAGCACUUACUCACCAACUGAUUUGCAUAGUGAAUUGUCCCAAUAUACAUGCAACUUGGAAAACCCUUACUCAUUGGCAGCUCCACCAUUUGAGAACCCAUGUGAAAAUCUACGUAAAAUAGCUGCUCAUGGUGAAAAGUCUGGCAUUAAAAUUGAUUUUGACCACGGUACCACGACAUUGGGAUUCAAGUAUCAAGGAGGUGUCAUUUUGGCCGUCGAUUCUCGCGCCACCGGUGGUCAAUUCAUCGGAUCACAAACUAUGAAGAAAAUUGUAGAAAUCAAUCAAUAUCUUCUGGGUACACUCGCUGGCGGAGCUGCCGAUUGUGUCUACUGGGAUCGUGUUUUGGCCAAGGAAUGUCGUCUGCAUGAGCUACGCAAUAAGGAACGUAUCUCAGUUGCGGCAGCUAGCAAAAUCAUGGCCAAUAUCGCCCACGAAUACAAAGGAAUGGGCCUGAGUAUGGGAAUGAUGAUGGCGGGUUAUGAUAAACGUGGUCCUGGAUUGUAUUAUGUGGACUCGGAAGGUUCACGUACACCGGGCAAUGUGUUUUCCGUUGGAAGUGGUUCGAUUUAUGCUUUCGGUGUCUUGGACUCGGGAUACAAAUGGGAUUUGACGGAUGAAGCGGCACAAGAAUUGGGUCGACGUGCCAUUUACCAUGCCACUUUUAGGGAUGCUUAUUCUGGAGGCAUAGUGAGAGUUUACCACAUGACACCUAAUGGCUGGAUAAACAUCUCAAAUACUGACUGCAUGGAAUUGCACUACAAGUAUGAGGCAGAGAAGGCUGCUGCUAAAGCUUAGAUUGAUAAGAAAUUUUUGAAGAUUUUUUUUAUCAAAAUUAUUUUUAUUUGUAUUCUGUAUCCUGGUUGAGAGAAAAAAAACAAUUUCAUAUAAUAAAGAACUGUGUUUUGUAA